AUAUGGGAAGUCCAUCUCAAAUUCCCAAUCUCUCUCUACCUCUCUCCCCUAAACCGACUAACUCCCACCCCCUCUCUCCAUCUCGAAUUAGAAAAAGGAUUGUGUUACCACAAAUACACAUAUUUAUUUUAUUUAUAUAUAAUUUAUAAAAGUACGUAAAAGUCCCAACGCGCUGGUCGUCAACAACAAACACCAGAAACCCUAAUUUCGGCCACCAAAACGAAAAGCUACCGUUGCCUCCCUCCUUUUCUCUUGGUUGUGUUAUUUGACUUCUGACACGAAAUAAUCUUACGUACAUAAAAAAUCUAUCUGACGAGAGGAGGACUAAUCAUGGUCGUAAAUGGACGUCCUUUGAAGCGGAUCAAGAGGAGAAGAGUCACGGCCGACCUUAACGACUUUCUCACGUUCCCCUCCGCAGCCGUCGUAGACGACGUCGGAUCCAUCCCUUUCAGGACCAGCGUCAGGGCGUUCCUCUCGAAGCACGCCGCCCUUCCGCCGCCGUCCUCCCUCUUCCCUCAACUGCUAACGUGGCAGAUCCUUUUUCGCGUCGGCGAUUUGACGGCGGAAGGCCCGGAUGCUUCACCAGCGGUGGUGUGCCUCGAUGUUGUCGAGGAGGACGUGGCCAGAUCUAGAUCCGUUUACUGCGACCAGUGCCGAGUCGUCGGUUGGAGUGGUAAUCCUGUUUGUGCAAAACGUUACCAUUUCAUAAUAAAGGCGGAUGGCGGUUCUGUCGGUGGGUAUCACAAGUCCUGUGCAGGCUGCGGAGAGGUUCUCCAUCUCUCAGAGUCUAGGUGCAAGUCAUGCAACCGUGUUAUGACUACUGAAGAUGUUGAAGACUCGAUAUAUCACCAGCUUGAAGACAUUACUCAUCUUUUGCAUGGUGUUGUGCACACAAAUGGUUUUGGACACCUUCUUAGAGUCAAUGGCAGAGAAGGGGGUUCGGGGGUUCUUUCUGGCUCUCAUAUCAUGGACUUUUGGGAUCGGUUGUGUAAACUACUGGGUGUCAGAAAGGUCAGUUUGUUGGAUGUGUCAAAAAAGUAUGGCCUGGAGUACCGGCUACUUUAUGCUGUCACCAAGGGCCAUCCCUGGUAUGGUGACUGGGGUUAUGAAUUUGGUGCUGGUAGUUUCGGUCUCACUCUUGAUGCCUAUAAAAGGGCUGUAGAAACCCUCUCCAAACAACCAUUGUCCGACUAUCUCGCUCAAGGACGGAAACCCCGCACUCGUCUCCAGGAUUUGAUCUCUUUUUAUCAGUCCUUGUCUGAGCAUGAGCUUGUAAAUAUUAGAGAUCUCUUCUGUUUCUUGAUGAGUUUGAUCCAUGAUGCUCACAAGAGUUCAUCAAGGGUUGAGGAUGCCACCGUAGGCAAGAAGCUUCGGAUAUGCACCUCCAGUACAUUGUGUGCUUGGACUAGCAGAGAUGUUGAACGCGUAGAAGAAGCAAUGUUUAGAGUAUUAAGGGCUGUAACAGGCCCCAACUGGGUUACUUGGCGUGCUCUUAGGGGUGCUGUUUGCAAAGUGGCUCCACCAGAGCUCCUGGAUUACUGCCUCAAGGAACUCAAAGGGAAACAUACUGUUGAUGGGAUGGUUGUAAAUGCACGUUGCCAUCCUGACUCGGGUGCGAUUGAGUACAGACUCGAGCAACUAAGAAUUCCUGCUAAUGGAGAUACCAUUAGCACUGCUGGUAUCCCAAUCACAAAGUAUCCUUCUGAAGAACAUUUGGUGCGGGACUUGAGAUACUUGUACGGAUCCAUGCUUCACCCGCAAACCUUGCUGAACAAUGCACCUCAGCCGAUGAGGCAUGUUGCAAUCAUCUCAGCUAACAAAAUCCUUGAUUGCAAGCAAUUUGUGAAAAACUACCACCCUGGAAACAAGUUACAAGCAGACGAGCCACCUGCGGUACACCUCACAUGUGAGGUGGAACUUAUGGAAGAAUCGGAAGAAGAUUAUGCCACAGAUCCUCUGCCUCCCGAGUUACUUGUCCUAUCUCCAAAUGCUACUGUUAGUGACCUCAAGCUUGAAGCGUCGAAGGCUUUUCAGGAAGUUUAUUUGAUUUUGAGAAAAUUUGAAGCUGUAGAGCUAGUUGGCUAUGGCGGUGUUGAAGAAUCCACCCAGGUCAAGCUCUUGUUAGGGGGAGGGGGGUCUACUGAAACUGUUAGGAUGAGGGGAAGGUGCUUGGGAAAAAACGGGCUGCUGCUGCUGAGUAAUAGUAGGAGGAAGUUUAGGAUGGAGAGGGGAGUUGAGCGGUGGACUGUGGAUUGCAGUUGUGGGGCUAAGGACGACGAUGGAGAGAGAAUGUUAGCUUGUGAUGUAUGUGGAAUUUGGCAGCACACUAGGUGUGCUGGCAUUCCAGACAUGGAUGCUGUUCCUGCAAGGUUCCUUUGCUACCGUUGCUGCAGCAGCAGGGCAUCCUCAGAGGCUCAGAUUAGUGGGCUUUGCGAUGAAGAUACCACCACUGUGGGCUCUGUUGCCAUUGCCAGUGGUGAAAGGGCUACGAAUGCAGUUUGAGAGGAAUUCUGGUUUCUGUAAAUUUUUUUGGUUUUGUUGUGUUCUUUCCUCUCUUUCUUGUUAUUUAUCUUUAUCGUAGAAGAGGUUCAUCUGGCCUAAAAAGAUGUGUACAUAUGGUCCGUGUCCUCAAGAAAAUACACCCGUGCAGUUGUAGAUGCUUUUCCUUGAUUCUGCCGAGAUUCAUUUCUUUUUCUGUAUCA